AUGGCAUCGUUACGGGAGGUUCCUCGCGCGGCGAGGCACAUGUUAAAGACUUCGUCGCUACAGUCUUCCACGACCACAUUCCGGAGAUGCGCAUCGACCGAGGCCGCGUCUGCCAAUUCGGCGCCUGCUGUGUUGGAUGUCGAGACUGAGUCUGGUCUCUCAGCACCGAUUGUGCAGAGAAGUGAAAUCAAGAUCCAAGAUCCGAGGAAACGAGCAAGUCGGAGAGAAAUGGAGCUGCCGCAUUCAAGAUACCGGUAUCAUCCGCCCAAGUACUACAGAGGUCCUCUGCACCCAGUCCAGCCGCCGCCGUCCUCCGACCCCGUGGCCCGCGACUUCGUACCGGGACCCUUCAACCUCCCGCGUCUCAAGCAGACGUUGCACAGCACUGUCGCAUCAGACCUCAUGACACUAGCAUACCAGCACAAGAUCCCCGGUACGCCCGACAAGCCGGAGCGGAUACGAUUGCGAAGCUGGGGCGACGAGAGCCCGUACAUGGAGAACCGACCAAAGCGCGGGCCACGUGGUGCCGACGUGCUGCUACCGCUGGAGCAGAAGAUUACGUACCGCAACGUUCCCGAAAUCAAGUGCAUCCACAUUGCGUCGUUCAUGCCGCAGGCCAAGAAGAGCCAGGACUACGUGACGGUGGCCAAGGCCGUGAUACAGAGCAUCACGGGAGUGCGGCCCCAGGCUACGCACGUCCAGCACAGUGUCGCGCAGUGGCAGAUUGUCAAGGGCGACCGCGCCGGUGUCAAGGCCACCAUCCACGGUCACCAGGCCUACGAGUUCCUCGACAAGAUGAUCCACCUCGUCUUCCCCAAGAUCAAGGAGUGGAAGGGUGUUGCUGGUUCCACAGGAGACGGCGCCGGAAAUCUGGCUUGGGGUUUCCAGCCUAGCCAAAUGAUGUUCUUUCCCGAAGUCGAGGCCAACUAUUCCCUUUACCCUGCAAAGAUGAUCCCCGGUUGCCGAAUCUUUGUCGAGACCACAGCCAAGUCUGACAGACACGCCCGCCUGCUGCUUCAAUCAUUAGGCGUACCUUUCCACGGCAAGCUGAUUGAUUAA